UUUGCCAGGGCAGGGAUGAGCUGCAUGAUGGUCAGCUUAUCCGCUGUGUUCCUUUUCAUGUCGCCGACAUUGCUAGAGUUGUUUCGGCGUACGUUCAUCUCGCGCUAUGUCCUCAUUGAGAAGAACAUCCACGCACACAAAAUUGCCGGGUACAGUUUUCUCUUCUGGGCCAUUGCGCAUGUUGCCACAUACUACUAUAUCUUCAACAACGUGUCGAAAAAGUCCAAUGGCAAGGUGACGCUGACUUCCAAGCUCUUUGGCUCGAUGGUUGGCAAGACUGGACAUGCCAUGGUGUUCCUCAUCGCUUUUAUGUUUGUCUCUGCCAUUCCGGUUGUCCGGCGAAAGUUCUACGAGGUGUUCUACUGGAUGCACCAUCUCUUUGUGCCCAUUAUCAUUAUCCUUUUUGUCCAUGGCAGCGCCAAAUCGUUCCAGUGGUAUAUCAUCGGCCCCGGCGCCAUAUACACGAUUGACCGCGUCUACCGUCUGCUUCGGUCGCGCUUCGCAAACCCUCGAAUUCUCAGCAUUAUCCAGCACCCGUCCAACGUCAUCGAGCUCAAGUUUGACAGACGCGGUAUGAAGUUCCAAGUCGGCCAGUUUAUUUACCUGUGCGUCCCCUCUAUUUCAGGACUCGAGUGGCACCCGUUCACGUUGACCAGUGCGCCCGAGGAAGACGAGCUGUCUGUGCACAUCUGGAUUGCCGGCGACUGGACUCGAAAGCUUGUGCAAACCUUCCAGAAAAUUCCCGAUACCCAGCCGUUGAUAAACCUGCCGACAAUCAUGAUCGACGGCCCGUACGGCGCGCCGACGCAGCAGGUGUUUGACUACGAGCACGUUGUUCUUGUCGCCGGAGGAAUCGGCGUGACACCCAUGAGCUCAGUGCUCAAGAGCCUGUACUACCAAGUCACCGAGAUGUCGCGCCAGGGCAAGAUCAAGAAGGUGUACUUUUUGUGGGUCUGUCGCGACAUCCAGGCGCUCGAGUGGUUCCAAGACUUGCUAGUUGCGCUGGAUGAAGAGGAUAUUGGUGAAAUUUUGGAGAUUCGCACGUACCUGACUGGGCAGCUUUCGGUUGACCAGAUUCGCAACAUCGCCUUGUACCAGGACCCCACCGGGCCUGAUGCUGUUACUGGCCUGUACCGCAGCCCGACAUACUAUGGAAGGCCGAACUUUGACACUAUCUUUGAGAACAUCGGCAUACGUACGCCAGGCGCCGACAUUGGCGUGUUCUUUUGCGGGCCCAAGCUCAUGGGCAGGUCGUUGCGCAAGGUGUCGAGGAAGUGGUCCAACAAGCUGGGCUACAUAGGCACAAAGUUCACUUUCCACAAGGAAAACUUUUAA